GUAACAGUCAGCCUCUGAAGUACACAGACAGCUUUGAGGUGAGACAAAAAAUUGUCACAUAGACUUCAAAUUUCUCAUGAGUGAGUGAUGGGAACUGAAUUAAGGGGGGGGAACAAGAAGAAUGCAGUGAACAGUUAGCAGGUAAUAAUUCAAUAAUAAUAAUUCAAUUCCUGAUCUGAUGAUACCAAGCCAUCCUCUCUACAGUGCUGAGAUGUUCCUGGAGUAACAUACCCCCUUCUUUUGAGUGUGCCCUGUUUCCUGGUGGGACUGGGCAGGUUGGAACUGCCGUAGCCAUGGUGACUGGGUGCUGAGUGGGGUCUCAGUCUGCCUCCUUGCUUUUCAGGGCUCAGUAAUUGCUUAGAGGUUGCUCUGCGCCCUGCAGAAGCAGAGGGGAAGGGGCUGUGGGUGCUGUGCUCGAGCUGUUGGGGCAAUGAGCAAUGAGGAGGUGUGAGAAGGCUGGUGCAGGGUGUGCAGUGCCUGGAGGAGCCGUGGUGCUGGUUCUGUUUGAGGUCACAGACUGCCUCCAACAGACAGGGGCUGCAGCAACUGUCACACACGCUCUGAAUCUGGAGGCAGGACUGCUGGCACCAUGCAGGGCCGCAGGGCAGACAUGAACCAGCAGAUCCAGGAGCUGCGCAACAUCAUUGCCUUGCAAGAGCAAGGAAAAAAGUUUUCCAGGCAGUUGUCUGAGGAAAAGCUAAGGCAGAACAAAAAUCUGCUUUCCCAGCUGCAUGGGACAUUGCGGGAGGACAUCCAUGCACUGGACAUUGCCCAGAAGCAUGACCAGCGCAUCAUCUCUGAGUUUUGCAGAGCGCAGAAGUACUUGUGUGGCAAAACUGUGCAGGGGGCCCGAGAGAAGCUCCGGAGCAGCAUCUUCGAUCGGGUGAAUGCCUGCAAUGCGCUGCUGCACGAGGUGAGGCAGAGGAGCCAGGCCCGGGAUGCGCUGCGGUGGCAGCUGCAGCAGCUGCUGGAUGUCAGGAUCGAUGACAAGCGGCACCAGGAGCAAGUGCAGAUGAUUCGCCAGCUGGAGAACAACAUUGAGAAGAUGUACAUGAAAAUCCACGCCGGGCAGAAGGUGACCGCGCUGUACCUGGCACUGCGGGAUGUCCUGAAGAAGGAGCUGGACUAUCUGAUUCUGCACCUGGAGCUCCUGUACACCAUGGCUGGGGCGUACCAUGGGGAGGUGCAGGACAGGGAGCUGAUGGCUUCGGAUGCGCUCAGAGCCAGUGACGUUACCAAGAAGGACCUGGCUAUGCUGGAAACCCAGUUCUUGGCAGAGGAGGAGCUCAGACACCGCAUCCUGUCUGCCCAGAAGGUGCAAACCGACUGGCUGUGGCUCAAGGAGGCAAGCAAAAAGCACUCAAGAGCGCAAGCCAGGUAUGACCUGGCUGUGGACUUCCCCUCCCUGCUGAUGCAGGACUCAGCGCUGGGCUCCCAGGUGCAAGCCACUAGGUCACAGAUUGAGCACGAGUCCUUUGUGACGGCGGAGGUGGAGAAAGCCAAGGCUGCAGUGCAGUGCUCCCGUGUCUGGGACAUCACCAGCAGGCUGCUGGCACAGCAGAAGUCCACAGCAGAGCUGGAGCAGCACAUCAGAGCCUGCAAGGAGAAGCGGCGGGCACUGAAGGACACACUGCAGGAACUGGAGCUGAAGCACGCCAAGCUGAAGUUCCACCAGCCCCCAAGUGCUAUCAGCUGCAGGAAGCUGGAGGCAGAGCUACGGGUGCGUCUGCAGCAGGAGGAGGCCCGGCUGGAGCAGGCACGAGCCCAGUAUGUGAGGAACCAGGAGCUGCUGCUGCAGUUUGAGAACGGCAUCGACAACCUCAUCAUCCGUCUGCAUGGCAUCAGCGUGCCUGAGCAGGAUCUCUCCGUCGAGUUCAAAGGGGUGGAUGAGAAGCUGCAGUAUUGCAGGCAGAAGCUGCAGCACCUGGCCCAGCGUGUGAGCUCCCUGCCUGCCCACAGCUACAGCCCUGAUGAGGACAAUGAGACUUUUGUGAAGGUCAGGAACUUAAUGGAGAAAACGACUGCGAGAGAGCCAUGGAACCUGAAAAUUCCCUUGGAGGACAUAGGCUCUGGGGUGCAAGCUCCCUCUGAUUUUGUUGAUGAAGACCACGACCUGGUUCUCACCCGGGAGGACAUCAAAAAGCAGGGCCUGAGCCUGAUAGAAAGCAGGAUGAGAAGCAGCAAGAGGAAGUAGUGAUAGCUGCCCCAGAGCUUCUGAUGCCUUUCCUUUUCCCAGCAGGUUUAAUAGAGCAGAGCUUUCUCAUUCCUUCCAAGUCUGUGGUAAAGUUGGAAAGGAAGAGCUGGGAUGCAGGCACACUGCUCUCACCCACCUGGGGACAGGCUGUGGUGGGACCAGCUUUCCCAGCCAGAGCAAAGCCAUGGGGAGGCUGGCUGGUUUUCUUCCCCUGGAUCUUGGGAUGCCAACACCUUUUCUGGGCUCAUGGCUUGCCAAAAAGGCUCUACAGAAAGCCAAGGACACUGACUGGUGCAAGGGCACGCAACCUCUUCCUGUUGUCCAAGGGCUCAGAGGCUGCUAUGGGGAAAUGUAUGGCUGGUGAGGGAGGGGAUGGGUGUCCCAAUGUCCCUGGGGAGGAGAGAAAGGGCAGGGCUAAAAAUCAGAUGAAGGCCCCAGUGCAGGGCUGUCCAGCCUCUUCUUGGACCUCUUCUGCCUCCUUCCUCCCCUGCUGCCUGUACACACAUCAUUCAGCUCCCACUGCCUACACUCAGAGCAAAGUCUGGGCAGCUCAGGGCCUGGAGGUGACUUCUUCCCCACUGGGACCAGAGCAGCACAGUAUGGGUCACAGGGGCCUGGCUCCACCAGGAGGCAUUUUGUUCUCUGCAAGCAAAGGCACACAUCAAAUAGUGCUGCAAAUAGAUGGUGCUGUUUCCCCAGAUACCAACAGCCAACAGCAAAGACCUCUGGCAAUGGCCUGUAAUCCCUGCUGGAGACCCAGCAGUGUUUACCCCAUCCUUGCCCUCAGGGGGACAUCAUCACUGUCACCUCCACUCAGUCCCUGUACUUCAUGCUGAUGUCAUUUGUCACCUCAUCGUGGCAGGGAAGGAACGGCUGUGUUUGCCAAGUGUGCUGAGGGACUGCUGUGUCACACCAGAUGUUCUCCAUGGGUUUUGUGAGGCUAUUGGUAAGGAGAAUGUAUGGCAAAAAACACAGCGUAGUUUGGAAACUGGAGUCAAGUCACUCAUCUGGACUGGGGGUUUCCACCAGCCGUGAGAGGUCCCAGAGAAAAGGGUUUGAACAGAAGAACAGAGGGAUCCUAAAACACUUCUCCAAUUUAUGGUUUGUGGUCCAUUUGCCAACAUCAGGGUAAUUCUGGAGUGCUCCACCCACCUUUUCGAGAAGGAGAAGAGCAAUGACACACAGCAGCGUUGUGGUUUUGGCUCUACUGAAACCGUCCUGUUAGAGGAGGAAGAUCCAAAGGCAACCAAUAGCAUCACGAGAUGAGCAUCCCAAAUCCUUUACGCACCUGAAAAGCCAUCCUGCAACCUGCACCUGGAGUUUUAAUCCUCAUGUGCCAAAGCGACAGUACAAGAAGGAGUGGGAAGGAACCAGAGGCAGUGGCUUGAUUCCUGGAUCAAAAAUCUGGAUGCCCCAUGGCACAGAGAUGAUGGGGCAGGAAGACCUUACAGGGUUGAUCCAGGGGAGGGUGCAGAGCAUUCACUUGGCUUCUUAGAAGGGAGAGCUGAUGCUGGCUGGUGUGUUAGCAGAUAUAAGGAUAGCACAGCACGGGGAAGGAGCAGAGAUUUCCUCUCCCCUCCCUGAAACAUUUCCUCCCACCGCGAGUGUUGCCAAAGGGUUGAAGGGAACUAUGGUGCCAGUGCUGGCGAGGGACCUAAAAUAGGACAUCAUAAACUCACAUCAGAGACUUUGCUGCACUAAAAUAUCUCUGCCCUGGAAACGCUUGUGGGAAGGCUGGCUUUGGGUGGGUGUGGGUUUUUUUUAAGGAUGUGAUCAAAAUCACAUGAAACGAAGCAGAGCUAAGGGAAGGAAGACAGGCUGGAGCUGGUAUCGGAGCUUGAGCACCGGGGUUUUCCUUCUGAGGAUGCAAGCACAGAGAUGGGUGAGGGGCACCAAGCCAAGUCAGCUGCUCUGAGGUCACAGCAAGCAGCCUGGCCGGCUGUCCUGGGCAGGGAACAGCAGGCAUGGCCACCACAGCGUGCAUUUGGAGGCAAACUCAGGCACUUCUCCAUUCCCAUGUUGGCGUUAUGAUGAUAUUGAUGAAGAUGAUUUAAGGCUCUCUGUGUAACACAGGUACAGCCUCUUUUUGCAGCAGGGUGACAAUGGUGCCCACAGCAGCUCCUGCCCCUUCAGGGACCCUGCCCAAAGUGGCCCCGAAGAGCAGGACAAGAGGGGAGGUUAAUAACUUUCUGGCAGCAAAAAGCACGUAAGAAUAGAAAAUCAACAUCUCUUGGGUGGUGCAAACACAACAGCUGGCCUUAGCUCCCAUCCAAGGACUGCUAGGAGGGGAACUCCUCUGGCCAGCUCAGUGCAGUCGAUCCAGGACAUGCUUUAACCAUCCAUGUGGAUCCAGGGAAUGUAUGGAAGGGGUGAAGGGGAGCAAGGGGUAAAGAUGUUCCCUGAGUACCUACAAGGUGAAGGGGGAGGUGGAAGAGGGAGUGGGGUCUGAGGGCCAUCCAUCACCAUCCUCCUGCGCCCACCUGUGGAAGUGACACAUGGGUGCAGACAAGCCAGGUCAGCUGUAUUUAUUGAGAACGUUCGUGGAGGGGUUAAAAAUAUUUCCACUAGCUCUAUACGAAUUUAUAAACCUAUAUUCUUUGUAUAUUUUAAUAAAUGCAUCUAUGACCAUCAUGCAAAGGUAGGUUCUUCAGUAAGAAAAUAGCAAGAUAAAAAAGGAAAGUGCUCAUCCAGCCUGCAGGUCCCCGGUCAUGGGCGAGCUGACACAGGGACCCCUCGGGCUGUGGCUGACACAGGGACACUGCUGGCAUUGUCCCUACCGCCACCCAGCCUGAGCCAUCCAAACUGUGACAUGGGGACUGUGGGGCUGAGGCUCAAACCCACCCAGGGGAUACCAGAGAGGGUGGCCCAGGUGGGGAGGGGACAUGUCCCCAUACCCCCAGCUCUGCCUCCAGCCCUCAGGGCCACCGUGCUGCCUCACUGUCCCCUUUCUUCUUUCCCCAUUGCCUGAGGGAAGCGGGGAGUUGGGGUGCUCUGGCAGGAAGCAGCAUGGAUGGGGACAUCUGGGGGGACACAGUGUCAUGAUGGAUAAGCAAGCAGCCAAAACGCCAUCGGGGGACAAAGCUCUUGCUGAGGGAGGGGACGGUGAUUAUUGCUUUGUAGGGCCAACAGGGUGGGGUCAGGUCUCUGCUCACUGUGAUUUGGGGUUGGAGGAAUGGUGUUUGGGGGAGAUGGUGAUUCCCCAAGGUUCCUUGUGCACUAGCAUGGGAUGCUCCCAUGGGACAGUGCUCCACUGGGACAAGGAAUGUGACAAGGACACAGGGCUGGACACCAUUGAACUUCAGAACACCUUCUGUUGGCAGGGAAGACCCUGGCCAAGGGUGACCUGUGGUCUCCAGGAGCCACUGACCCUUUGUC